AUGACGCCAGAGGACGCUUGGGAUAUCAUUAGCCGUGAUGGCACUUAUACAAUCGAGUUUCAUCUGUUAGAGGAUGUUAAGAUCGAUAUCGAUGAAGGCUUUUGGAGGGAGAGGAAACGAAAGAAGCAAAUUCACUUGGCGAAGGAUAGCGAUACUGUGAAGUACGCAGAAGAUAACAAUAGAUCUCAAUCUCAAGAUCCUAUAAAAGCGGCGGAAGAAAACAAUAGAGUGAGACUCCAAGAUCCCGGGAAAGUGGCGGAAGAUAAUCGUAGAGUCCGGCUUAAAGAAGCUACGGAAAUACUACGAUACGUCCUGGGUCAAGAUCAGUAA